AUGCAGAGCUCUCCUGACCACGACUGCUUCCGUACUCGAGGAGUGCUCUCCCGCGACACCAUCGUCGAGAUCUACAAGCUCCGCACAAACGAUAAGAAAAUCAAGACCGCCGCAAGCGCCUCGGUAGGCCUCAAGCACGGCGUUACGGCCAAGGCCAUCCGAGACAUCUGGAACCGGCGGACAUGGUGGAACGUGACGGAGGCGCUAUGGACGGAGGAGGAGCGGGAGGACUACGCGAGGAGGCGGAAGCCAUGCGGGAAGGCGGGGAGGCCUCGAGGGUCCAAGGACUCGAAGCCUCGCAAGUCAAGGCGAAAGCAGGUAGAGCCCGACCAGGCGGAGGGACAAGUCAAAGCUCAGGAGAGCGAGAAGAGCGAGAGCAGUGACGACGACAAGCUCUCGGUAGACAUUGAGGAGGUGAGAGAGUGGUGCCACCAGCAGGUUGACGAGGAAGAGGAAAAAGCGCACGAGCGGGUCGUAGGAGCCAGCAGCACGACCAAAGCCAUAGGGCUGAACGCCACCCUCGCGGGACUGAGGCUGAGUCGAGCGAUCCAUCUCUGCAGGGAGGAGCUGAUGAGAGAGGCGCUGGAGCAUGGCACAGUCUGGGCGCUUGCGAUAUGCGUCCAGAUGAUCGAGGUCGAUCCGACAGGAGUUGCAGCAGGAAACGCUUGGCGUACGUCGGUCUGGGAUGCUUGUUUUUGCGUGGUGACAUGGCAGACGUUUGCCGUGACAGACGCUGCAUAUGGUCAGGACAUGAAAGCAAACCAUACAGCUGCUGAGGCCAAACAUACAGCUGCGGAGGCAAAACAUACAGCAGCAGUUAUGUACAGAGGCAGCCAUGUUGAUCGAACGAUGGAGAUACAUCCAGGAAGAAGAGGAGUCAGUGGGGAAGCUGCGGAUGAGGAGAGCGACAGCACAAGCAAGGUUGAAAGGGUUCACAAGGACACAAGGAGGGAGGGAGGGAGGGAGGGAGGGCUCACUGCUGGAUGGCAACCAGAGAUCCUGACGAUGCACCUUGCCGUACUCAGAGCUCCUGGCUUCCAGCUUGAUGGCGGGAUGCACAGGAAGCACAGGAAGGCGUCGGAGUCGAGGAGAUCAGGGCAUGGCAUGAACAAGCAGGGCAUGGUCGCAGAGAGGCAGCGGAUGAGAUCCGACGGGGCUGCGAGGCCCAGGCCCGCGGUCCUGCGAUCCUACGAUCCCGCACCUGUCCACGACCAAAGUCCAGACGGAUCAGGGAAUGACGACCGGGAUGGAUCAACAGGCGCCGCAGGAAGGCGCUUUCUCCUGGCUGGUAGCACCAGCUUGGCCGGACCUGGAGUCACGGACGGAGAGGCUGGAGAUAGCUUCCCGUGCGGUGUAAGGCGUUCAGGAGGCGAACCGCAGAUCGAGCUGGUCUAG